CACGAUCAUGUAAAGGCUUAAGCUUUAUUUUUGUUUAAGCCAUUGAGAAGCAUUUUUCUUGACAAUGGCGACGAAGCUGUUCUCUCCGGCGUUGUCUUGUCCAUGGGUGACUUCAAGAGAUGUAGUAAUCAAAGGGCUUCUUCCACGGCGGAGACGGGGAUGUGUCACGAAGAAGAACAGAGUGUCCGCCGUCACCGCCAUGAUUGUGGAGCCUCUCUCUGCUGUUUCUUCAUCGGCGAUUCAGAUUCAUCAAUGGUGGGAACAAAGCCCUAGCUCCUUACUGUUAAUGGCGGAGACUGGUGGUGGUUACUCGUUGGCUAGCUACUACACGUCUUUGGGUUUGUUCGUUAUAUCAGUUCCAGGUCUUUGGUCUCUCAUCAAACGCUCUGUUAAAUCAAAGAUAGUGAGAAAGACGUUCGUUGUUAGUGAAGGAGAAGGAAUCAAGAAGGAGCCGAAGCAAGUUGCUGGAGAGAUUCUCUCUUUCUUCACAAGGAAGAAUUUCAACAUCACUGAUCGAGGAGAAACGAUCACGUUCGAAGGAACGAUGGUUCCAAGUAGAGGACAAGCUGCUUUGCUUACGUUCUGUACAUGUAUAAGCUUAGCAAGUGUGGGUCUUGUUCUAACCAUUACAGUCCCUGAUUUUGGAAACAAUUGGUUCUUCAUUACCAUUCUCAGUCCACUCGCAGGAGCGUAUUACUGGAAAAAGGCGUCGAGGAAAGAGGAGAUAAAGGUGAAGAUGAUGGUGGGAGAAAAAGGGAAAUUGGAUGAGAUUGUGGUUCAAGGAGAUGAUGUACAGGUUGAAGAAAUGAGGAAAGAGCUACAGCUUAGUGAGAAAGGCAUGGUUUAUGUUAAAGGUCUCUUUGAGAAAUCAUGAAAACUGAAAAACAUUUCACCCUCCCAUUUUUGCCUUUCUUUUGUUGGGGAAGAAUAUGUUUAUAACUGAAAUUGGAUGAGAGACUUGAUGACCUAUUGACUCAUUUUCAUAGUUUCACUUCAUACUAAAUGAAUCAAUUUACAUUUAA